CUCAUUGUCGCGAAAAAAUGGACUCUCUGUUCGCGCCGCGGCGCUCCGCAAGCAACUUCAGGUCCCAGUUCCUUGGAGCUUCGCGGACACCCGCCUCCCACGCGCAUACGAAUGAUCCUCUUCAGCCCUUGAGAACCAUGGCCGAUCGCGUAGGAAAAGAGGUGGAGAAGUUCGCCGAAAGAGUUGAUCAUUGGCAUAUUCAUGGAAAUGAAGAUGCAAAGACAUCACAUCAGACAACGGUUAAGAUGGUGGGGAAAUUCAGAGAUCUGGCCAAGUCUACAGUCGACGAGCUCAAGAAGCAACACGAUAGUGAGCAUAGAGGAGAGCUCGACAAGAGCGUACGCCGGCGCAUUCAUAACAUGGCUCCGAAUGCCGAUGUAGGCAAUGCAGAUUUAGCUGGCCGCUUUUCCCAGUCCAUCGUAUCCUCCGUCGAACCUGGCGCCACACCCGCAACCUCCAGUAUGCAAGAGCUGCGACAGUGGCAGGCUGAGCUUGCCACCUGGGAACUUGUACAUGUCAUCAUCGACCAUUACCAUCCCGAACCGGGAACGGACGUAGCGGCACAAAAAGCAUCUCGAUUAGCACAGGUCGGGGGUGAUCACUCGUAUAGCCCGAAAGAGGAGAUCUGGAACAGAUACAUAAUAGCAGAUGAUGCGGCGCGAGAGAAGAAGGUUAUCCUCAAGUGGCUUCAGGAAACGGCUAGGAACACUGAAAGCGAUAUUGACACUAUUGUCACUCAAUGGGGACAGCUGUCGGGCAAAGAUACCAAAACGUGGACAAGCGGCUGGCUGGACACCAAAGCUAAGAUAAAACAAGCAAAGCGAAUGCAGGGCUCCGAUAAGCCAUUGCCAGAGGACUACCACUUGGCCAGCAGCAGUGGGCACCGGCCGUUGGUUACUCGGCUGGAUCCUGAUGCGCCUAUAAAGCAAAACCGGGCACUCGAAGAGUCAGACGAAUACUAUGAGAAUGCGCUCUGGAUGGUGUGUUAUGAAAUGCUACGCCGAGGUGAUUCUUGGGAAAAAAUUAGCGAUUGGUGCAAGGAGAGGAACGAAGCAUGGCGUGGUGUGAGCUUGGGUGUUGCGCACGACUUUCAACCUGACGGCGGGCCCAACAUGUCCGGAAAUGACCUCGGAUUUUUCUUUCGUCGAGUAUGCGUAUAUGCAGCCCGUGGCGCACGAAUUCCUUACGAAGGAGCCGUAUACGCUUUGCUCGGCGGGGACGUCAGCAAAAUCCACGCCGCCUGUCGGUCGUGGGAUGAUCACCUCUACGCACAUUACAACGCUCUUUUACUAGCUCGAUUUGAUGGCUUUGUUCAUAGCGACCCGUCUCGGGUGAACCCGGACGGUGCCAGAAAUUUCGUCUUCGUGGACGAAACUACUAAUUAUACCAACUGGGAUACCACAAACAAGGCGGUGAUAGAGAAACUUUUGGAAAAUGCAGCAACUUCGUCUCAGGCCAAGGCCCCAAUGAAGCUGAUUCAGGGAGCUUUGAUCAGUCAAAACCUUGACAAUCUGAUGUAUAAGGCCGGUGUAGCGGUGGCCGACUUGCAGCAGAACGAUGAACGCCUCAACACACUUAUGCUCGACCCCGAUUCCGAUUGGGACCAUCCUGAGCCUAAAAUGGCCACCGACCAGCGACGCGUUGUGGCUGGGGCUCAUUACCAAGCCCUCGUGAAAGAUCCUCAUGCGCUCCGCAUCUUGGUCCACAUCUUCAUCGCUCUCUAUGGGGGACUCGGUGUGAUUGAGAUUGACAGCAAUGCCAAGUUGUAUGCGAUGAACAACGUUCUUACGUACUACAUCGAAUUUCUCCGAGUCACCAAGCGCCUCCAGCUGAUCCCAUUGUAUGCCGCCCAGCUCGGCGAGUACCGAUCUGCCCAUUGUAUGGCACGUGUUUUGCCAGAUAUCAAGAACAACGAAGAGCAGAAGCGCUGCAUGGACCUUAUGAACCAGUACCGGAUAAAACAUCUCGAGGUUGUCAACGAGAGUUUUGUUCUACAACUUAAAGCCACGGGCUAUGUCGACGAGAGGAGUUAUACAACGGUCAAUCCCAUCCAGCGAUUCAUGUUUCUUGAACAGUGGACGAAGCAAGAUGCUUUCCUGUGGCCUGGGGUGCGAAUCAAGGGUGAUAUUUCUGGAUUGGAGAUUUCUUCCCAAGAUGAAGCGGUAAUUGAGAGCCUCAUGUGGUACAACCAUAUCGAGAAGGAUUUUGAAUGCACUUUCCGAGAUCUAUAUACGGCUCUUGAAACAUUCCUGCUCAACGGCCGUAUCGGUGCCGCCGAAAAAUUGGCCACCGAAAUGAGUGUGGAGGCUAUCUCUCUUACCAAAACACUGGCUGUCUGCGGCUAUGCUUUCGACUUUACGGCACCCGAGGCGGAGGAGCAGGACGAGCAACAAGCCAUGGAGAUGAUGAACACCUCUCUCCGUAGUUCGGGUAAUGGUUCCAUCCGGCCCUCCGGCAUACCCAACAAGCAAGAGCACAAGCGUCAUGUGCUCGAGCUACGCACAGCUAGCGAAAAGUACGGAAAUCUGUGCCAGCUUGUCCGCGUUAUCACACUACUCCGCGAAUGGCGCGUGGAGGAAGAGAAUCUCAUACAACAACGGGGUACAGAUGCCAAGAUCUCAACGAAGAACAUCAAACAACUGUCUGCGACGAUUGAGUCCUCCUUCGAGGACGUAUUCAACCCGAAAUUCGAUCCUACGGACAACGUCGAGAUAUGGAAGCUGUACAAGGCGUACGUGCCCGAACUGACAAUUGCAUUCUUGACGGUGGUGCAGUCGGGUGCAUUCUUCAUCCACAGGGACACAGCCACGAAGGCCAUGGACGUGGCAACGAUCGUGGCAGAUAGUGACAAGGAAUGGCUGCAGAAGGUGUUUUUAGAAACGGGCCGGAUGAAAGAUUUGGUCACCGUCUUGGCCAAUGUGAGCAAGGCGAUGUUGAAGCUCGGCGAGCAUGCGGAUGGGAAGACGAUGGCGAAGAAGAGGGACUCCAAGGGGCAAACUCUUCGCAUCUGGGAUUUGACGGCGAGGAAUUGA